AUGGCGUUCACCGUCUUUAUCCUCCAGCUGGCCGUCCGAAUCCUGUCGCUUCCCAUGUACUUGCUUAACUUUCUAGGCUUAUGGGACUCGAUAUGCAAAAAAUGGUUUGCCUACUUCUUGUCAAAGGCCUCUGUGUUGUACAACCAAUACAUGGCAGGCAAGAAGCAGGAGCUCUUCAGCAAACUGCAGGACUUUGCAGGCCCCUCCGGGAAGCUCUCCCUGCUAGAGGUGGGGUGCGGCACUGGGACUAACUUCAAGUUCUAUCCCCCUGGAUGCAGAGUGACCUGUGUUGAUCCCAACCCCAACUUUGAGAAGUUCUUAUUCAAGAGCAUUGCAGAGAACAGACACCUGCAGUUUGAGCGCUUCUUGGUGGCUGCUGGGGAGAACAUGCACCAGGUGGCUGACAGUUCUGUGGAUGUGGUGGUCUGCACCACAGUGCUGUGCUCGGUGGCGAACCAGGAACAGGUGCUCCGUGAGGUGUGCAGAGUGCUGAGGCCGGGAGGGGCUUUCUUUUUCAUAGAACAUGUGGCAGAUAAGCGUUCAACCUGGAAUUACUGUUGGCAACAGGUCGUGGAGCCUGCUUGGUACCUUGUGUUUGAUGGAUGCAACCUGACCAGAGAGAGCUGGAAGGCCCUGGAGCGCGCCAGCUUCUCUAAGCUGAAGCUGCAGCACAUACAGGCCCCGCUGCCCUGUGUGUUGGUGCGCCCUCAUAUCUGUGGGUAUGCUGUGAAAUAG